CUCCAGCAAAAGAGCUUUUAUUUUUUUUUUCUUAAUUUUUUUUUCUGAACCAUUGUAAGGGUUUUAGAAAAUUCAGGAGCUCCAGUGAGAAUGGCUGCAAAUUUUCUCAUAGAUUUUCUCAUGUUGACAUAUCUGGUAGAUUCGUCUAUUGCAACGACGAUUGAUUCUACUACUCAAGCUACUUCAGCUAAUGAUUUGUAUUCGGAGGCACCAUGUGAGCUCCGACCAUUAUCUGCUUUCAAAGAUAUCCAAGGGAACAUAUGGGGAGUUGGAAACAACAACCUGUGGUGGUUCAAUGCUACUAACCUAUCCUGGUCACUUCUACCAAUGCCUAAUAACAGCGCAUCUUCUGGCCCUUGGAGAGUUGCUUGUGUUGAUCCUCGGAAAUAUGUUGCAGUCAUCGGAAGAAAUGCAUCCUUGGUCCUUCACUUGCCAUGGCAGCACUGGCAGUUUGGAGAUACAGAUGACGUCAAUGUAGGCUAUGUGGACAAAGAUGCUACCUGGUGCAUGUAUGGAUUUCUCUUUGCUAUAGAUCCCUUAAGAGAAACUUUGUAUCUCCUAGACCCUGAAGAGGCCCAUUGGACAGUCCGGGAUGAUAUGCCAGUUGUACCUUAUGUUAACUGGUCUACACCUUACGGUCUUGUAAAUGCUUGGGUUGGGUAUGAAAAUGAAUUAAUAAUGGUAGAAAAGUUCGGUGUUUAUGAUCAUGUCAUGUAUACUAAUGCCUCUGCUAUUGAUUGGGUGAUCUUGGGGCAGAACAAUUCCACAAAUCUUUGGCCAAAUUUGGAUCAAACAAGUGAAGGCAAAUCAUUGGCAUGGAAAAUGGGAUCGGAUCAUUUAUGGUUGUGGAGAGAAGACAAAGGCAUUAAAGAACUUUGGUCGUUUGGUUUCAGCAGCGGUGAAUGGCAAAGGGGAAGUCGUGCAUUCGAAAGCAGGUUACCUUCUCUAAGUGACGUGCUUACCGGAUGGGAGGAAGGUAAAAGAUAUUGCAUUCUAAAGAGGAGCUCUGAUUGCACAUCUCAGUACACCAUGAGUCAAAUUGACUGCUGGACUGAAGCUGAAAUGUUUCCAACCAAAGAUGAAAUGGAAAACCACGAUCCAUCACCUCAACUGACCACUACUUCAACAACUGAACAUCCUAAACCAGAAGGUAAUAUCACCUUGACACCUGAAAAAGACAACCAAGGGAUGAAUCACACUUCGACAACUCGAGUGAUUUCGGCACCAGCUACCACUACUCAGAUAUCAACUACAUCUAAAAGAAGCAUUCCUGAAUAUCCUAAGCCGGUGGUCACCAAAUAUGAAUCUGCUGUUAACUGGAGACCAGGUGGAAGAGAAAGUGGGAUUGUUGCCAUCUCAACAGCAAAAGAUCCAGCUUGGCAUCAACAUACGAAUGUUUUCGGAUCGGUUAUCUUCUUCGGCACAUCUAUCACGAUAUUUGCUCUAUUUGGUCUAUUCUGGUGCAUUCGCAAAUGCGUCCAUUUUCCUAAAGAGGCCCUGCUAUUAAGAGAUCCACCUUCUGUAAGAUACACUGCCAUCCCUGAUUCUUUGGGCUAUGAUACUCGCAAGCCAACUCCUGCUACUUACACAGUAAUACCAGAUUCCAUUGCUUAAAGGGAAAAUUGAGUUUCCCUAAAAUGAAUGCUUUAUUGCAUGGUUGAAUGUUUCUUUUUUAAACACAUUUUAAUUUCAAUCUAAAUAUUAUGCGAUACAUAAGUAGGGCUGGCUCUUUCAAAGAAGCUCUAAUUAAUGUUCAUCGUCAGAAUUAUUGAAGCAUAUUUGUUGUUGACAGCCAGUUUGAUGAACAAUAACACAUUAAGUGAUGGUUCCGAUGGUUUUUAUAAAUUUCGAGCUUCAGUAUAGUUAAUUUAUUUAUGAAAUAGCAAAUCAGGUAUCAGUUCUUCCUUUUCCGCUCUCGAAACGAAUUAAACUGAAUGUCAUAUUUUAAAAAAGCAAGGAAGGAAACUAAUUUUGUCCAACAAGUUUAUUUUCUCCUUCCCCUUCUACGAUUCUAUUGAAGAAUUCAAAUUUCCCUACGGUUAAACUGAAAGAAAUUAAGAAUAUUUAACUUCAAUAAAUUUUACAUCCACUAAAAACAAAUUCUAAAAAUUAUAGUUUUUAAAACACAAUAUAAAUAAAAACAAGCUUUCCAUUCGUCCCAAAAAUUCCAAUAAAUAACAUGAGACAAGCUGCGAAAAUUUCUAAAAUUACUUCAUCAUUAGUUCAAGUAGCAAAGCCUUUUUCCAUAAAGUGUUAAACAUUUUGGAAAAAAAGAAUUGAAAAAGAAAGAUUAAAACUUUCUAAAAAUAAUGAAAAAUUUUGCAAUCAAACAAUUGAAUAAAAAAAAAAUAUUUGCUAUCUUUUAACCAAAAUGUAAGUAAACAAAUUCACGAUAUUCUAUGUAUAGUCAACAAAUUGCCAUUUUUUAUAAUUAGU